AUGGGCUGCAACAUGUGUGUGGUCAAACGUCCGGAGGAGCAGUACAGGAUCAUGUUCCAGCAGAAGGGCUGGAGUAACUCCCUGCGGCCGAUGGACAGACAUGGAAACAUGAAGGUCAGAGGACGGGGAGCCUCUCAGCUUCCACUAGACAGAUCGCAAAACUCCCAGGAGCCUUUGAACCAAUCCGGCUCGGUCCGCAAGAGUCACAGGAGGAAAGGGACAUUAGUUUGCAGCAGCAAUGGGACUGGCAGCACCUCCAUCUCCUCUGUUGCCAUGGUUGCCAUCCCCGACUGCAUCGACAAUGCCACGCAGACGGACAUCAGCUUCCAGAACAUCAUGACACUCGGGAGGAGCAGAGGCCACCAUCACCAUCACCACCAAGGCGGCUCCUCCCCUCCGCCUCCUCCCCCUUCUCCUCCCCUCCCUCACCUCAUGGGACCGUACGGGAUCAAUGAGUUCUGUGUGUUUGAGUACAAUGACCCCAAUGACUACUUUGACGUCUCGAAUCAUGAGGUGGACAGGCCGGAUGACCUGGAGUACGAGGAGGUAGAGCUGUACAAGUCCAGCCAGCAGGAGAAGUUGGGUCUGACGGUCUGUUACAGGACGGACGAGGAGGAGGAUCUGGGGAUCUAUGUUGGAGAGGUCAAUCCAAACAGCAUCGCAGCCAAGAAUGGACGCAUCAGGGAGGGAGACCGAAUAUUGCAGAUUAAUGGAGUGGAUAUUCAGAACAGAGAGGAAGCAGUGGCCAUUUUGACCAGAGAGGACAGCAUCAACUUCUCCCUGCUGCUCGCCAGGCCGGACAUAGAGGUGACACGACAUGACACGACUGAACCACUUCCAAAAACGAAAUCCAAGACUAAGGAACUAACAUGGGAGCUCGAAGAAACACUGGGGAACAUGGUGGGGACAAAAACAGAUGAACGGACAAACACAACAGGGAGUACAGAGACUAAAUACACAUCUGGGGACCAGAAUGACAACCCUGCUGAUCCAGAGGAGGACAUGGAGAUGACUCUGGAAGGAGGAGGUUUCCACCCAAACCCUCAAGCCUCCUCUUGCUCCCUCAACUCAUCUCACCUUUCUGGCUACUACCGCCUCCGCCGGGGAGGAGGAGGAGGCUUGGCCUGCCCUGGAGGAGGAGGAGGAGGAGGAGGAGGAGAAGGAGAAGGUGCAGGGGGUGGUGUGGAAGAGCUGGACAGCGGAGUGGGCCGGACCGAUGACAGCACCCGCUACGAGGAGCUCUCAGAACAAGACCUUCUGGGGGACCAGACCAGUGCCUGUAACACCAACACCACCAACACGCCGGGAAGCACCAGGAAGUUCAGACCAGGACCCAGCCCCAGGCCUAGUCCCAGACCCAGUCCUGGCCUUGGCCCAAGCACCAGGCCAAUCCCCAGCCCUGGGAAUGGACGAGGAGACACUACCCCUCCUUUCCUCCACCUGCGAGACCUCCAGCUCAGCUCAGACUCUCUCCCCGGCCUCGACUGGACAGCUGGAGGAGGCCAUCACCACCAGCCGAUGACGAUGAUGAUGAUGAUGCCGGGCCUGACUGAGGAGGAGUGCCAGCGGUACCAGGAGCUGCUGGAGAUAAAAUGCCAGUACGAGAGACGCAACGAAAAACAGCAAAGAGAGGUGGCGAAAAACAACGCUGAGGCAGAAAUGAAAGAGCAAGAGGAAAGAGAAGAGGCAGAAAAGGAAGGACAAGAGGAAGCCUCUUCUUCUUUGGCGGUGGAUGUGAACUGCAAUGAGACUUUCAGUGAGCACGAAUUGGCGCUCAUUGACGAGGAGUUACGCCACCUGGAGUUUAAGUGUCGUAACAUCCUCCGUGCCCAGAAGAUGCAGCAGCUCAGAGAGAGGUGCCUCAAAGCCUGGAUGAUGGAGGAGGAGACAGUGGCUGCCGGAACAGGGCGACCGGGGCCUUUGCACGAGCUGUCGGCCAUCAAUGAGCUCCCGGAGCGGGAGCGCUCAGACGACAAAGACAGCACCAGCGCCUACAACACUGGCGGGGAGAGCUGUCGGAGCACGCCAUUGGUCAGCACUGAGCAGAUCCCGCCUCUCCAUGAAGAGGAAGAUGAAGGAGGCAGGCAACUGAUGUCUCCGCCUCCUCUCCUCCCCCUCGGUUACCUCCCCCCUUUGAACUCCCCUCUUACCCCGCGGCGUCACAGACGGGACAGAGAGAGACGCCACUCGAACCUCAGCUGCUCUUUCUCCCCUAGCACUUACAGGAAGAAUGAAACGGCCAAUGGCAACGUGGCAAACGGCUCGAGCUCCACCCCCUCUACACCCUCCAAGUUCAGGUCUCUGACCAGAGAGGCGGGGUCGUCUUCAAGAAGGGGUGUGGCCGAUGGAGGGCGGGGCUCAAGAGCAGGGGGAGCCACCAACAGGCCCGGAGGCGGAAGUGCAGAGUCCAGUCCCUAUUUCACCAGACGACACCACAGCCACAACAAACCAUUAGAGCGCUACCAGAGCUGUAUGACCCUGCCCUCUGAGGGCCUGGUGGACCCUCUGGACCGAGUGAGAGACAGAGCGAGGGCCGAGGGCGAAGAGAGAGGGAUGGGCACAGGCAGCAGCGGCCCAGCCAGCCCCAGGAGUGUGAACAGCGCCCCCUGCGGUCUGGAGGACCAUCACGUGGGUGCUUCACGGUUAGGACUGGCAUUACCGCUUGGGUUGACACACUCGUCACCGUCUGCCUCACCACAGCGCAUGGAGUGGAAGGUAAAGAUUCGGAGUGAUGGCACCCGCUAUGUGGCCAAGCGGCCGGUCAGGGAUCGUCUGCUGAAGGCCAGAGCCAUGAAGAUCAGGGAGGAACGCAGCGGCAUGACAACCGACGACGAUGCUGCCAGUGAGAUGAAACAGGGCCGAUACUGGAGCAAAGAGGAGAGGAAGCAGCAGCUGCUGAGAGCCAGAGAGUACAGACGAAGAAGAGAAUUCAUGAUGCAGAGCCGCCUGGACUACCUCAGAGGAGACAGCGCUGAAGACCACUGUUCCUCCCAGCUUCCCCCCAGACAGGACUCCCCCAGCAACAACAUCUUGUUACUGAGCCAGAAGAAGAUCAUGAAGAAGAGGAACCGGCGAAUCCUUGACAACUGGAUCACCAUCCAGGAGCUCCUGGCUCAUGGAUCAAGAUCUCCAGAUGGAAAGAAAAUAUACAAUCCUCUUCUUUCUGUGACCACGGUGUGA